AGAUUAACGACGUGAGAGAGCUCUUUUUCGAACAAUACAACUAGUGGCCUUUUCCCAACCAAUUCUUAAUCGUUACCGCCUUCGUUUAACCUUAAAAGCGUCAUUAGCGGACUUUAAUCCAAUUGGUGUGGCGAGCCCACGAGACACCAGACUCGAACGGUAACCAGUGUGAUAUUUGCACAGGGGGGACAUCUUCUCUUCAGCUCUAUUCAGCUGGUGACAUUUUUCUUCCCAGCCCUCAGUCGGGACUCCGGGUAUAUAACCCAGGUUUACCUAGAACCACUCAGUUAAGCAAAGCGAUAGCAAGGAUAUCCGGAAGAGAGGAGGAAGGCAUAGAAAGGAACGGAAUAAGAGGAAGUAGUACAGUUGUCAGAGACGCUGCGUUGCCCCAUUCUGUGAGAACCAUGGGGAGAUCACUGUCAGUCCUGCUUUCGCUCCUGCUGCUUGGGGUAACCUUCCAGGGAGCGUUAGCUGCUUCUAGACAACCCUCAGACCAAUCAAACGAAAGCACACAAACGGGAAGUUACUCCGACAACACCAAUGCCAACAGCCAAACAGAGAGCGCACCGGAAGAGGCUCCGGCGAACGAGAGCCCCGCACCGUCACGGAAUAUCCAGCAGCCUAUGGCACUUCCGUUUCCGGUGUCUUCUCCCCCUGGCCCGGGAAGGGAAUCAAAUGUUGAGAGUGUCUCUGUUGGCAUGCUAGAGAAUCAGGACGGGGAGGUCUUGCCGCCUGUGCUUCAGGAAGUCGCUGAGAAAUAUUUCAAUGACUUCGAGAAAGAACUUGAGCACGAUCAAGGCCGAGUUCCAGCAAAUGUAGGCCGCGGCCAGUCCCGACAAAAGCGACAGGCUGGCUACGGCGGGUACGGCGGGUACGGCAACAGUGGGAGCAGCCAUCAGCUGCUAAGACAGCUGGCUUACAACAUCGGUCAACAAGGAGGUCACGGACAAAGCUACGGCAAAGGAGGUUCUGGUUAUGGUCAGGGAGGUUAUGGUCAGGGAGGUUACGGCCAUGACCUCCAGCCCCACUACGGGGCCAAGGUACCCCAUGACGUAGGCUACGGGUACAACAACGCCAAGACGCCACUCAUCUCUUUCGUCAAGUCCUUCAAGCCUGGCAAGACCUACGUGGACAAAGGUCACGUGGUGCGCAACUACUACAGGCACGGCAACUACAAGGUGGCGCUCCAACACUACAAGCUGAUCCCGUCCGUAAAGGUGGUCCCAUACACCAGCUACCACAAGAUCCCCUACAAAGGUCACGUGCAGGUCAAGAAUAACUACAAGGCUUACAUCUGCAAGGACUGUUACCAUGGCUACCCCAAGAUCGACGUCUAUGAGGACAAGAAGCCUUACAGUUACGCGGUGCGUCGAUUUGUUUACCUGCCUAAGUACUACAACAUCGGUGGCUACGGACAUGACGAUUCUUACGGACACGGCGAUUCUUAUGGUCACGAUUCUUACGGCGACGACUCUUACGGACACGACGAUUCUUACGGUCACGAUUCUUACGGCCAUGACGAUUCCUACGGACAUGACGACUCAUAUGGUUACGAUUCCUACGGACAUGACGACUCAUAUGGUCACGAUUCCUAUGGUCAUGGCGAUUCCGGAUACGGUCAUGGCGAUUCUUACGGCUCUGGUUACGGCCAUGGUGGUUCUUCAUCCGGAUACGGAGAUUAUGGCUACGGGGGCAAGGCCAAGGUUACGUACCACCAAACCAAAGGUUACGGUUACGGCUAUGGAAACGACGGAUAUCAUUGAUGGACUCUGAAAUCGGCCUGGCUUCAAAUUCGGGUCGAAAUUUACACCAUGUUUGCUCGCACAUUAUCAAAUGUAUUUUUGUUCUCUACUGAUUCAUUUUAUUACACCCUUCACAUGCAUCAUCAUUUCUUUUAAAAGAUUUCACUAACAGUAGUAAAAGACAAAUUGUGAGGCAGCGAGGUGGAAUCAGG